AUGCUCCAUUUCCCUUCGACACUCAAGAAUAGCGGGCCCAAUGGUACCAGCUGGCGUUCGGAUGGCCUCAACGCAACACAGCAGAAAUCCUCAUCGGAUCCUUUAUUUCUUGCCAUUGAAGAAGAGCUACAUGAUGCUCGACGCGUGCAUGCGAACGGGCAGGAGGACGAUUUACGGUUGGCAUUGAACAUGGUUAUUAGUCGGGUUACUGAGCUGGCGAGUGCCCUGGAUGUUGACGAUGAGCUCAACACUGACCCACACGAAGCCUACAAGACCCAGGCGGACCUUGAGGUCCAGUUGAACGUCACCAAAUCAAAUCUGAAGCUCGUCAUUGCAAACAACGAGAUGCUCGAGGAGGCCUUGAAGCAAGGACAUGCGAACGACAUUGGAUGGAGACGGUCGAGCAGUUCGGACCACCGGCAGAAGAGCCAGAGUAUUGACAUCGUGCCUGAGAACGGCGUGGCGAUGAAAUCGGUGACGAGCUCGCCUUCGUUACCGUCCUUAGCAGGCCCACCACCGCCACCACCACAGCAGGACAGCAGGUUCUUCCACAAGUUUCGGUUCACCUCCUCCAAUAACGGGUCGCGUACGUCCAGUCGACCUGGGACGCCGAAUCUUGGGAAUGGCCCAUCAUCGCCUAAUCCCACGCUCACGUCGCCGUCUAUGCCCAGUCUGCCUGUUAUGGCGAGUGUGAAUGCUAGCAAGGACAAGGAAUUGGAAGAGCUAGCGGCGUCGCUAGAGAACGAGCGAGCGGCGCAUAAGAUCGUCAUUGGCGAGAAGGCGGCUUUGGAGGCAGAGCUUGAAUCAUUGUCUCAGGCGCUGUUCGAAGAAGCGAACAAGAUGGUUGCGACGGAAAGAAUCAAGCGUGCUGAGACAGAGGAAGAACUGAGGGAGGCCAGGCAAGAGAAGGAGGCACUCAAGAGCGCCUUGAGGGUCGUGGAAGGAGAGAAUGUCCAUUUGCGGGGUUCAUCAUCUACUUUGGGAACGCCAGAUCCGUCAGUGGAGAACCUCACAUUGUCAGAGAUUCGUUCGCGAUCUUCUUCAGAAGUUGGUGUCAAGUCGCGGCCAGCUUCUGCAUCAUCAUCUUCUUUGCCAUCCGUGGACAGAGAGGCGUUCUCACCGGUCUUGGCAGCCGAGACAGCCCCUCCUGCAGCAGAGGAAGCAGACGAGCAGAAGCAAGAGAACCCUACGCCUCAGCACCGGAGUACGAUUCCAUCGCCUUCGCCUUCGCAAUGGGCAGAGGAGAGAACAAUCCGAUACCCGGACAAGGAGGAAGCAGCGGAAGAACCAUUGCGGCAGCGUACACCGUCGCCGCCAUGGGACGAGAGUUCUUCUGCUUGGGCAGACGUGCCUGCUUCCCCUCCCCGUACACGAUUAUCGGCGUCUUCGCUGCCACUACCUACUUCGACGCGUUAA